UGUCACAUAGCGUUGCAGCUGAGCCCUGCUGAAGGCUUUCGGGGUUAUUAGUUAAGUACACAUUUAUCAGCCCGGCUUCAUAUAGUCUGUGAGUUACUAUGGCGACGCCAGUCACCUCCAGUACACGACAGUUUCCCUGCUAACUGGGAUGUUCAGACUGACUGGUCUGUGCAGAGUAGCCCGCAGGAGCUUUUGCAGCGCCGUCGACGACAUGGCCAAAGGGAAGUUUUUCUACGCAGUACAGAAAGGAUUCAAACCAGGAGUUUACAGUUCAUGGGAUGAAUGUAAGAGCCAAGUGGACAAGUUUCCGUCAGCUUCUUUCAAGAAGUUUGCAUCAGAGAAAGAUGCCUGGUCGUUCGUCAGAGGAGUUGAACCUUCACUUGCAGCUCCAGAGGUGACAAAAGUGUCUGACAUCGCGGAGUCAUCCAUCAGUCUGCUUCCAAAAAGAGGCCCGGAGCCUCUGCAGUACAUCCCUCUGGGUAAGAAGAGAUGUCACUCAGAAGAGGAAGCGGAGUCCAGCCCCAAACGAGUCAAACAGUCGGAAAGUUCGUCUUUGGAAAGCUCAGACGGAUUCACAUACAUGGGUGAUGCUGUGGUUGUUUACACUGACGGUUGCUGUGCCGGUAAUGGAAAGAAGGGCGCCCGAGCCGGCAUCGGGGUCUACUGGGGCCACAACAGUCCGCUAAAUGUUGCAGAGCGACUACACGGAAGACAAACCAACCAGCGAGCUGAAUUACAGGCAGCCUGCAAAGCGCUCCAACAAGCCAAAGAGAUGAACAUUAAGAAACUAGUUCUCUACACAGACAGCAAGUUCACCAUCAACGGUGUGACCAGCUGGGUGAAGAACUGGAAGCUGAACGGCUGGAGGCUGAAGUCUGGAGGUCCGAUCACCAACAAAGACGAUUUUGUGAAGCUGGACAGACUGAAUGCAGAGCUGGAGGUCGUCUGGUUGCACAUCCCGGGUCACGCCGGCUACAGAGGCAACGAGGAGGCGGACCGACUGUCGAGAGAAGGAGCAGCGAAGCCUUAUGAGGAGCAGUCUGAAGACACAGACGAUGACUUUUAAAAAGAGAUCUGCUGCAGGACUGUUCACCGUUUUGCUCUCUGAUCGACAGCAAGUCAGCGUUUUUUUUUGUUUGUUGCCUUUUUAAAAAAUGUUUUAUUCCAUUUGUUUUUCUGCUGCUAUAAAUAAAGUCAUUUAAGAUUCUG